AAAUUUUUGAAUUCAGUCGUUUGCGUUCUUUAUGUUUCUGAUUUUGUACGUUUAAUUAAUUUAAUAUGAUUUAAAAUGAGUUUAAUUUAGUUAUAAAGACUUAUCGGAGUAUCGCUGGUGUUAUUUCUCACCCUCAUUCGUCAAACGUAGUUGAUUAUCGUAUGAAAAUGGUGGUGCCAACAUACAGAGACGGUUACAGCCACCGGCCGGUAUACACCAACGAAAUGGAUAGUUCUGUAAAUGCGGUUGAUUCGAAGCAAAAAUUUUCCGAAGACAUGGAACAGGCGGUUAAAAAUAUCGAACAGUUUAUUACCGUAGACAAUAGUUUUCCCGAAUUGGCGGAUCGAUUGAAAAUUCGACCAGGUACAGCUUCUAAAAGCGGUUUAUAUGAACAAGAAUAUCCAGGUAGUACUGGUCCUUUCGCGUACGUAACUCAAUUGAAAUCGAUCAGCAAAGUACCUAUUCCGAAUGAAAUCAUGGAACAUUUUUCUCGUAUACAUUGUCAUUCGAUGAUGGGCACUUUCGCUGAAAUCCGUCGUGCUUGGUUGGUCGUAGAUAGUGAUCUAUUUUUAUGGGAUUUCGAAUAUGGCUCCGAUGUUGCGUAUUUUGACGGAGUUUCAGAGAUUAUUAUUUCAGUCGGAUUAGUCAAACCGAAACCGGGUGUUUUUCAAGAUUUUGUCCACUAUUUAUUGAUUUUAACUACGCCGUCGAAUAUCGUAGUCUUAGGAGUCACUUUCAGCAAACCAAAUGAUAGUUUCACUGCUUCUGAAGAAAUGCACAUUACCCAAGAAGUUGUUUACACUUUGCCAACUGACGGUGUUGUUUUUUCCACUAUCGUUGGUACAACCAAUGGAAGAAUUUUCAUGGGAGCUAAGGAUGGUUGCUUGUAUGAAUUUCUCUAUCAAAAAGAAAUCAGUUGGUGGGGUAAACGCUGCAGAAAAGUGAAUCAUUCCAGUAGCACGUUAUCUGUGCUGAUACCAUCAUUUUUGAACGUUUUCAACGAAAUUGACGCAUUGGUUCAGAUCUCCGUUGACGAUAGUCGUCACGUUUUGUAUACUUUGUCUGCCAAAGGCUCCAUCGAAAUGUACGAUUUGGGUGAAAAUGGUCAAUCCAUGUCGAAAAUCGCAUCCUAUAAUCAUAAUACUAUUUUAAAUUACGUCGUUAGAAUAAUGGAAGAAAGCUGUUUAUUCGGUCCUGUAAUUAGUAUCAGUGCUAUCGAAGUUUACGAUUCUGUGCAUAUCGCUCUAGUAGCUGUUAUGGAGUCUGGUACUCGAAUUUAUUUCUCAUGUACAGGCGGUCAUAGGCCGGCAUCUUUGCAUAUAGCUCACGUUAGGAUGCCACCUGGGUAUACAGGAAGUACUCCAGCUCAAAGACCGACUAAAGUUAGGACCGCUUUGUGUAGCAGAGGCACUUGUUUGUUAAUCAACUCGAACGAAGGAUGUCAGGAUAAAUUAUGGUGUUUGAGCUCCGAUUUAACUCCAUUCAGUCCUCUUCUCAGCGAAACGUUAUCAAUUGCUGCGUUAGAUGGACCAGUUUGGUCUUUGGAAAGGUGUAAUUAUAACGCAUUACUUACCUCGACCAUCCCCGAACCACCUGUAUUAGUGACUCAGCAUUACGAAUUGGCUACAAAAUACGCUUGUUUAACCGAUAAAGGAUCAGAAAUAUUCCAAAAACUCAGACCCGUCGACGUAGUCAGAGAAAUACUCGAAGAAGGUCACGAUCCAGGUAGCGAAGCUGUACGUUGCUUUUUCCAGACUCUAAGCGAAGAUGAAAUCUGCGCCACUUUAUUAUUACUCGCAUGCCAGAAAACUGGCAACGAACAAAUAUCGGAUAUAGCCACUAGAGGAUUCUUCUUAUACGGCGGAGAACCUAAAAUCGUCAAUGCUGCUGUUCAGAUUUCAUCUCCAUCGUCACCUUUCCACCAAACCCUACCUGCAGUUUCAGGUUUUAAUCCGAGCUCUGUUUCGACGCCAAUUGGUCAACGAGGCAGUACAUCUCCGGUCACAAUUGAUCAUCAACCUACGAUGCAGUUUUCUCACAAACACAACGGAUUGUAUUUGUAUUUAUGUAGAACUAUGAGACCUGUAUGGUACGCUAGGGUUAUACAUAGUUUGAAAUGCGAUAAUAAAAUACAAUGGAUAAUACCUUCGAUAUUGAUCGAUCGAGCUGUGCUCGUUUGCAGUCAUUUAUUGGCAUUGGCUUCGUUUCUCGAUAUUAAUCCAAAUGUUACCGCUGUACCAGCAUUACCUGUAAUGCCAAGGGGAAUGGCUAACGAUAGUAUUAUGGGUACGCCGAAUAACCGAAGGUUGUUACAAGAGCUCUAUGUACAAGAAAAGAAAUCUUUGCUCGCUUUGAAGUCGUUUGUCAGUCGUGCCAGCGAAGUGCUAAAUUUAUGGAAAAUGUUGUUCGAUCAUCAGUUUAAUUUGGUGGCUGCUACAUUAUCUCCGGAAGAGCUGACCUAUUUAUCCAGUGUCACUUUUGGCGAUCUUAUCCUAUCUGGAUCCGAAAUGUGCAACACUUUGAUCAGUAAAUUGUUAAAUUUAUAUUUAGACGAUAAUUCAUCGGUUGAUGCCAUCAGUACGAAACUUAGAGAUGUAUGCCCAACACUUUUCUUGAUUGAAGAUGCAGCAUGUGCGAAGGCCAUUGAAAUGAUCAUGUUUUCUCGAGCUAAAGCAGAUUUGGAUGAGAAACAAAAACUUCUAGAAGACUCCUUAAAGAUGCUCAAAGAAGUCGCUCCGAAAAUUAAUCUAUCAGCCAUUUGCUCUCAAUACCAAGAUGUCGGUUUCUUUGUCGGUAUUUACGAAUUGUGUCAAUUGACAGCGAAAAAACUAGAUCCCAAGGAUUUAGCUCUGCAUUAUUAUCGUAACGGAGGACUUGCUUUUACUCCCGAACAAAUAGCCUACACUCAAAGAAUGAGUUGCUAUAAAGAACUGACCUCUGCUUUGGAGUAUCUUUAUCAUAAGCAAUCUGCUGGCAGAGGUGAUAAUACAACACCGCCGAUUAUUUCAUCCUUCUCUAAUGCUUCAGCUGUGAUCCAACAAGAUCAAAUGAGAUUCCAGGAAUUCCUUGAUUUAUGUCUUUCGAGUAAAGAUGAACUACUGCACUGUGCAAUCUACGAAUGGAUGAUGAAUAAAAAACUGCACGGUGAAUUGGUCUCAUUCGGACAUCCAUCUUUGGAAUUUUUCUUGCAGCAGUCCCAUACUUCGCAGCAAUUCGCCUCGCACGAUGUUAAAGAAAUAUUAUGGAUGUUUUUUGAAAAACAAGGCAAUCAUAACGCAGCUGCUAAUAUUUUGUUCAAUUUGGCCAAAGAAACAAACGAUAAUAUCACUUUGGAGCAGAGAAUUCAUUAUUUGAGCCAUUCGUUGGUUUGUAUGAAGUCGAAUAAAUCCGGAGCUGCACCUCUGAUCGGAGUUCUAUUCCAAGAAGUCGAAGAUAAUUUACAAGUCGCUCAAAUACAGCUCAAAAUUCAAAAAAUAUUAUCGAAUUCAGUAACUAGAAAACCUGGCGCUGAUGCUGCUGUUCGUACAUUGAACUCGAAACUAUUCAAUCUUACCGAACUUUACGAAAACUACGCUGAUCCUUUCGAUUUAUGGGAAUGUAAAUUGGAAAUCAUCGAUUGCUCGAAUACUCCAGCUCAGAAUAACGAUGUUGUGCACGAAAUUUGGGAAAACAUCAUCGCCGAAGAAAUUCAAAAAUGUGUAUCAUCCAAUCCUAACGAUAAGAUGGCCUCGGUUACGAGAAAAAUCAAAUCAAUUUUGUUAUCAGUCAGACAACAGUCUCCUGUAUUUACCAUAGAAUUUCUCAUUUUCCACUUGGAACUCGUAAGUUGCCGAUUGGGAGCUAGUAAAAAUCACGUUCACGCUGUCAUGAACGAAUUAGGUAUUCCUAUUCAGAAAAUAACCGACGUUUACGAAGAAUUGUACGUUGUAAAUAGUUCGCGUUGGGAAGAGAAUGGAGACGAGUACCAUAUCAUCGCAGCCAUUGGCAGUUUCGCCGACAGCGUUGUUCGUAGUACGAAUAUUACUCAAACUCAAAAGAAACAAACGGCGCUCAAAUUAAACGAUUUGAUAACCCAUUGCUUAAACAUGCUGUACAGUCGACAAACCAACAGCAGACUAGCUGAGCUCAUCAGAUGGCUGAAAGUAGUACAAGAUAAACUGAAUAGAAUUUAAAGCAACGUUUCAUUCGUCGCUGUGAAUUAUCGUGUGCAUUUUUAAAAAAAAUUUUGUACCAACUAGAUUAAGUGAUGUGUAUUUGGAAGUUUUUUUUUCUGCAAAUGUGUGUAAUUUUCUUUCAAUUUUUUUGUGUAAUAUUUUUUUAUUCGUAUGUUUUAUUUUACCUAUUUUUUUUCUAUUCAUCAGUUUUUUUUACGUAUCCGUUUGGUUAAUUGCUCGAAUGAUAAAAGUUGCUCCGUCGAGGUGGUAUUUAUUUUUAUAAGACUGAUGAUUCUUUGAGAAGAAUUUGUUGUGUAAUUUUAACAUUAUGUUGUAAAUCAACUGAUUAAAGGCUGAAGAUGGAAAUUAAA